AUGACGACAAACAAUAUGAACACGGCACCAGCAACCGCAACAACAACAGUAGCCACAACAACCAAUACAACACUGAUUACCAACACCACAGUGAUCGUUCUUGGGACGCCUGUUGGCCGGACCGGAUGUGGGACCCAACAGAUCUGUGGGUCUGAGCCCUCUGACUGUGACCCCUCAUCAUCUUCAUCAUCGUGUUUCUUCGUUUCUGCCAAGCAGAGGGACGGUCAGAACUUUGAGUUUUCCAUCUCAGGGGAGUCAAGUGGCUACAUCGCUGCCACGGUGUCAGCUGACACCACAGUGGGAGGUAACGACACAACCUACAUCUGUGCCAACAAUAAUGGCAAAGUGAAAUUCUUCAGCGCUCUCCUCGACAACGACAAGCUGACACUGACAGAGCUGCCUGUGAACUCGGUGCAGGGCCGAGUCGAUGGAAACCUGAUCCAGUGCACGUUUGUUGCCACUUUGGACCUGUCCACCACAAGAGCAGCAGCAACAAGCGCCUCACUGUCACUCUCCACCGGGACCUUUGACAGCACUUCUGGAUCUCUGGGAACCCCCGACACCAAAUUUAGGAGCGGAGUCGUAGACCUGAGCGGUUCUAAUGCCACCAUCUCUAAUGAGCUUACCACCACAACCACGACCACGACCGCCACCCCAAUGACCAACACCAUGACUAUGCCAACGCACAGCAUGACGACAAACAACAUGACUAUGCCAAUGCACAGCAUGACGACAAACAACAUGACGAUGCCGCCGCACAGCAUGACGACAAACAACAUGACGAUGCUGCCGCAGAGCAUGACGACAAACAACAUGACCGCGGCACCAGCUACUGCAGCCGCAACAACAACAACAGCAGUAGCCACAACAACCAAUACAACACUGAUUACCAACACCACAGUGAUCGUUCUUGGGACGCCUGUUGGCCGGACCGGAUGUGGGACCCAACAGAUCUGUGGGUCUGAGCCCUCUGACUGUGACCCCUCAUCAUCUUCAUCAUCGUGUUUCUUCGUUUCUGCCAAGCAGAGGGACGGUCAGAACUUUGAGUUUUCCAUCUCAGGGGAGUCAAGUGGCUACAUCGCUGCCACGGUGUCAGCUGACACCACAGUGGGAGGUAACGACACAACCUACAUCUGUGCCAACAAUAAUGGCAAAGUGAAAUUCUUCAGCGCUCUCCUCGACAACGACAAGCUGACACUGACAGAGCUGCCUGUGAACUCGGUGCAGGGCCGAGUCGAUGGAAACCUGAUCCAGUGCACGUUUGUUGCCACUUUGGACCUGUCCACCACAAGAGCAGCAGCAACAAGCGCCUCACUGUCACUCUCCACCGGGACCUUUGACAGCACUUCUGGAUCUCUGGGAACCCCCGACACCAAAUUUAGGAGCGGAGUCGUAGACCUGAGCGUUUCUACUGCCACCAUCUCUAAUGAGCUUACCACCACGACCACGACCACGACCGCCACCCCCGCUGUGACUGCACACGCCACCACGUUCCAGCAGUCACUGGUGCAAGUUCUGCUGAUCUCUAUGGGCGUAUUCACUAUGCCCCUGGUGUGAGGAACACAAAACCUUCAGGAUUCAACACAAGAAGAAACAUAACUUCUCAAUCUAAAUAUUGUAUUUACUGUACACAGUAUAUCCCACAUUAUAAGGAUCAUGCUGAAUUUAAAAUCCACUCACUGGAGGUGCAGGUAGGAGUGCUGGUGGGUGGUGAGUCUUCUGACUGCUUUCAGGUGUGUUGUAGAAUCUAAAAGAAAUAAGAGAAUAUAUGUUGAAGUUUUGAAUGAAAGGUUAUGUGUAAUAUAUUUACCCCCCCCCCCAACAACCUCAUUGUUAUUGAUGUUCUCGUUCUACGUCACGCACUAUGAAGCUAGAAAAUGGCUGAAAUAUACUUUUAUCCAA